CGUCGUCCCAGGUCCUGGGCCCCCGGAACUUCGCCAGCUUGGGACAGGAAGCCACCAGGCACGCAUAUCAGGUGCCGCCGCCACGGCCAGGCCACCAACUGCCUGACGUAUACCCUCCUCGUUUUCUUGUUCAGUUCAGCCCCUUUCGCGUCCGUUGAACAUGGCCAGCCUGUCGACCUCGACGGCAUUUUCUCGUCUCCCCGAUCUGCCCUUGCGGUCCGGUCAUCGCGUUCUGUGAUUUUGUGAAUCGUGAUAGAAAGGAAGUAAAAAAAAUAAAACAGAGCAUCGUCGGAGGGUCGACCGACUCUCGCCUUUUUCGAGCCCCACCAUGUUCAGGCCGGAUCGACUGAUUCACGACUUCGUGCACAUGAAGAGCGAGCAUCGCGCAGAUGAGGCUCUUCACACGCUCAAGAGGAUAGCUUCCAUGGUCAAACCCCUCAUGCGCGCCCGGCGGUGGCACGUCGGCAAGCUCGUCGAGUUUUACCCCCCGACAACCUCUGGCCAGACCCUUCUGGGACUCAACUACAAUCGGGGUAGGAAGAUAUGCUUGAGGCUACGGCAUCCUGGAGAUCGCCGUCAGUUCAUCCCCUUUGAGCAGGUCCUGGACACCAUGCUUCACGAACUCGCUCACAUCGUCCAUGGACCCCACGAUGACAAGUUCAACAAACUUUGGGACCAGCUGCGCGACGAGAUGCAGAGCCUUCUAAACAAGGGCUACACUGGUGAAGGUUUCUUGACCGAAGGCCGUCGCCUGGGCGGCACCAGAGUGUCUGGAAAUGAGCUGCGUCGACUCGUACGGCAAGCGGCAGACGAUCGCCGCACUAACCAGGCUGGAGCAACUCUCGGACGACGGCUAGGCGGCGCGGCCCCGAGUCCUGGGCAUGACAUCCGCCGCAUUAUUGCCGAUGCUGCCGACCGAAGGAGACGUGUGCUUCGUGGGUGUGCCGAGGAGAGUCUCAGUCAGCGCGAAAUCCAGGAGAUUGCAGACCAGGCCGCACACAACGGCUUCCGCACACAAGCAGAAGAGGACGAAGCGAACGAGGCUGCCAUUUCUCAAGCUUUGUGGGAGCUGGUCCAGGAGGACGAGAAGAGGAGGCUGGGCGAUGCCUAUGUCCCACCCGCGGAAACUAUACCAGAACAAUACCGGCAGGACCUCGUUAGUUCUGAACAACCCGUUGGCGCCGCUGCCGAAAUCGCAGGAUCGCGGCGUGCAGCGACGUAUCCCGCAAAGACUUCGGUAAGCCUGUUGCAGAGGAAUCGCGCAAACGAGACGGCUUGCUCUUGGGAGUGUGAAGUUUGCACACUUCGCAAUCCUACAAACUACCUCUGCUGUGACGCUUGCGGCGUCGAAAGGCCACAACGCAAAAGGCGGAAAGUUGAGCGCGAAUCGGCUUCUAGUACGCCUCAAUCUGCAGUAAUCGACUUGACGAGCAGUCCGCCCAAAAACAAAGGCAAAGGGCGUCGCAUAUCGCACAUCCGGCAGCCAAGCCCGCCACCGGCGUUGUCAUGGACCUGCCAGGCUUGCGGAAUGGAAAUGGAGCGUCAGUGGUGGUCGUGCAUGAGAUGCGGAUGGGUCAAGGACAACUCCAAGUAGCGGCGUUGCGGUGACGACAGUGGCGAGUCGGGCUGAUGGUUAGAGUCGGAUUUUGAGAGUGACGAUGCGUCACGGCGUCCACAUGGCGCAUGUAUAGUUUUUAGCCUGGAGAGCGCCGCUUGCAUUCUGCGAUUAUUGCACUAGUUGUCAACGCCGGACCUUAGAGCGGGCAUGCAGGACAGAAUUUUGUGUGUUCGACGACGAACAGGUUUUCCGCCCAUCUUGAAUCGUCAGCCAUGACGUGCAAGCAGCGCCAAAGAGGCAUGGCCUUGAUUGGGGGGGCAAAUGGAGAAGAUGGACUAAGUGGGACAGAGCCUGGUGUGCCUCUGUGAAGGGGCGGAUGCGGGCUAGGAGAAGGAUGAUGAGGACGUAUCGAGGCGCCAAGUGAGGACCGCGAUAUAGAUAGAGGGAUCAGCGUUUUGGUGUUGUGAGCUGAGUGACUGAGUUGACCAAGUCAAUCGCAGCCCGCA